AUGGAAGAUAAUAAUUAUACAUGUAACGUUUAUGAAUGUAAUAAUGAGAAUUAUAAAAACUUCAGCUACUACGCAAGGUAUGAUUAUGAUAAUGUUGAUGUGUGUUAUUAUUGGGACAACGAUAACCACUACAUAAAAAAGACAUUUGAAGAUAGAAUAAUGAGAGAAUACUCUUAUGAAGUGAAAAAUGGAAAUAUUGAUGAUACAACGAAAAAAAGAGUAUAUAAAGGUGAAUAUGAGUACAAUCCUAAACAACACUUUCCAAGAAAAAAUAACAAGAUUGCAGGCCAAGGAAGUCAAGUGGAUAAUGAUAUACAAAACAAUGCAAACACUGAGAAUCAAAAGAACAAUUCUGAUCCAGCACAAAAUCAUCCACAAAAUAAAACAGAAGAUGAAACGUCUACAACGAUUGGUACAACUGAUUCUAAAAAUGGAUCACAAAAAGAACAGCAGAAUGAGGAAAAGGAGAACACCAACGAAAUAAGAGAUAAAAAUGAAAACAAAAAUGGAACCACCAUUAAGAAUGAUGAAUCAUCUCUGUCAAAUGGAGUCGCAAAUACUACUGAUAAAAAUGUAGACUCAGAAAUUCCCAAGGAAAUACCAGGUAAAGUAAAUCUAUAUAUGUUAAGAGUAGUUAUACUCAAAGUAGAGAAUCCACAGGGUACUUACCUAAUAAAUGCACAAAAGAAACAAAAUAACUAUAUUACUCUAACAUGGACAAAUAGCAAAAGCCAAGAGAUCCCAGUUAGUGAGGAUGGAACUUCUUUUGUGGUGGAAUCGAAAGAACGGAAUUAUCUGCUCAAAUUUGACAAUGAUUUUACAAAAUGUUACAUAAUCGAGUAUAAGCAAAAAGACGAUUUAAAAGGAUAUUGCUAUUACACUAAGCAUGAGGCGGAUGAGCUGAAGGAGUGUGGACUUGUUAAGAAUGAUGAAUAUGUCUGUUUCAAGAAGUUUAAUAAUGGGAAAAUGACCGAGUAUACAUAUAGUUUCGAGAAUGAACAAAUUGUUGUUGGAUCCAAGACAGAGGUGUAUGAAGGUAAUUAUCAGAACAAUCCUUGUGAGCAUUAUCCUAGGGUCGUUCCAAAUGCCUUGGAAAUACUUCCAGAAUUGCCAAGGAAUGCUAAAGAAGAAAUUGUCGAGUAUAUAAAGAAGAUAGAACAAGGACAAAAUGAAAUUGUUGUUAAGGCAGGAACUGAAUUAUCUCAGAUAGAUUGUAAUGCGGGAAUAUUAAUAUUUGAAGAAUCAUAUAUGAAUGAACUACAGAACGAUUUUGUUAUUAAUGAAAAACAAUUCCCCUAUUUAAGGAAACUAAUUUUAGAAAGUAAUUGUCAGAAUUCAAGAGACAAAAUAUUCGGUAAAUUUGAAAUAUCGGGUUGCCUGAAAUUGGAAGAAAUUGAAGUGAAAAAUAAUUCUUUUUGUUGGUAUAUGCAGUAUGUAUUCAAGGGUAUUGCUAUUGUUUUUAUGUUUUCAAAUAGACUUGCCUUCUCUCAAGUCAAUUAA